ACACUCCCCCCUUCACCCCCUCACUCACUCCCAAUCUCCAACCCAAGAGCUCUAGAAAAAAAAACCUCCUCCCUUCUUUUCUUUCUUCGAAUCUUUCCAGUUGCUCUUAAUUUUUGUUGCUUCGAUGGCUGUGGAUGCUGUUGAGACUACGGCGGCAUCGGUUCACCCGCCGACCACUCAUGAGAUGAGCGAUGAAGAGCUUCCUCAUCUCGAAGGAUGGGCGAAAAGGAAGCGCUCCAAGCGCCACCACCGGUACUUCGACCACCCACCGACCGAGGAGGAAUAUCUCGCUCUUUGUCUCGUCAUGCUCGCUCGCGGCGGAUCCGGUCACGGCCUCCCGCCUCUGAAUUCUGGCUCGGCGGCUACGGCGACGGUCGCCGCUCCGGUGCCGGAGGAGAAGCUUUCGUACAAGUGUUCGGUCUGCGGCAAGGCGUUCGGUUCCUACCAGGCGCUCGGCGGGCACAAGGCGAGCCACCGGAAGCUCACCGCCGCAGGCGAGGAUUCAACCACCUCGCCGGCGGCGUCGGCCUCCGGGUCGUCGACGGCUGUCGCCUCCAGCAGCGGCAGGGUCCACCAGUGCUCGGUGUGCCUGAAAAUUUUCCCGUCCGGGCAGGCGCUCGGGGGGCACAAGAGGCGCCACUAUGAAGGAAACCUCGGCGGGAGCGCCGCCUCCGCCGCCAACGGCGGUGCGGCGUCGAUGUCGGAGGGCGCAGGGUCCAGUGACAGGGGAUUCGACUUGAACCUGCCACCGGUGCUCGAAUUCACCUUCGACGCAGCGCGGCGUUGCGUGGUGAAGGAGGAGGAGGAGGUGCAGAGCCCCCUGGCCUUCAAGAAGCCUCGCUUCCUCAUACCGGCUUAGAAGCCACCACUUCUAAGUUAAAUCUACAUAAAUUUGUAUUAUUUUUCUUUUCUUCAGAUAUUUUUUUAUUUGUUUGUGUACAGAGAAUACUUAUUCUUUGUCACUUGCAGGAUCAAUUUUUAUUGUGUUCUUUUGUUUCUGUUAGUUGGGAAUUAAUUAGAAAUGGAUUUGUUUGGAAAUUUUUUUUUUUUUGCUUAUUAUCACUAUUGUAGCAUAGAACAUUAUCGAUGCUCGAGUGUGGGGAUCUUCCAUACUGAGUAGCUCAUAUCUAUAGAAAUAAAGCAAACAGAGCAGUAGACUGGAUUUUAUUUGGA